AUUGUCCCCAUCAAGGAGGAUCUUUUUACGUUUGGCCCUUCAGAACAAGAUCGCCCAUUGGCUGCUCGUCAGUGUCUUCCUGAAUCACUCACGGCCACAUCAUCCCAUUUGCCUUGGCAGUCGGCACCUUGAGCCUAGAAACGGGAAGAGGACGCAUUGGUGCCGUGAUAAAAGAAUCGAAAUUAUGUCAUUCCCGUUCAAAAUGGAAAUUGGUAGGUAUUGACUGUUAUUUAAGCACUGCUUCAUCCCAAAUCAACUACAGAAAGUUCAAUUCGGGCCACCUUCACCAUCACCAGACUCUUAUCAUUUCUAUGAGCGCUGCUAUUCUUCAUCAUCGUUAACUGCUGCACACAUAUCAACAUGGCAAUUAAAACCGCGAAGCCUCAGCCUCAACUCAUUCAUGAGCGACUGCAUAUGACGGUCGAUAAUACCACCUUGGACAUUGCCGUCGUUCGGCGUGAGGGUGGACUCAUUCCCAUCCUGUUCUUGCAUGGCUGGGGAAGCACUAAAGAAGACUAUAUCGACAUUGCCCUGAACAAAGCUUUCCACGGCCGCCCUUUCAUUGCGUAUGACGCCCCUGGUUGUGGGAAGACUGUCUGUGACAAUCUCUCAAAGCCAAAUAUUGAAUUUCUGGUCGCUACGGCUGAAGCUGUCCUUCAACAUUUCGACAUCAAAAGAUUCCACCUCAUUGGCCACUCCAUGGGUGGUCUGACAGCCCUGGAGCUGGCUAGUCGAAUUCCCCAUGGCGUCGCCAGUUUCAUCGACAUCAAGGGUAACCUUGCAGCAGAGGAUUGCUUCAUCACUCGCCAAAUUUUCGACCAUCCCGAAAAGGAUCCACAGGAGUUUCUCGACUACUUUAUUGAACGAACGUUGAAGUCGCCAUUCUACGCAAGCGGAAUAUAUGCAGCCGGUUUACGCGAUCGGGUCAGGGCGGAAGCAAUCAAAGGGAUAUUCGAGUCGAUGGUCAACCACUCUGAUAACGGAGGGUUGGUAGCCAAGUUCAUCGCUGCACCUUUUCCUCGAAUGUUCAUGUUUGGUGAGCAGCAUGCCACGUUGAGUUAUUUGCCGAAGCUAGCUUCCAGUAGUGUAGAGCUGGCAGAAAUACCCAGUGCUGGGCAUUUCCCAAUGUAUUCCAACCCCGUCGCCAUGUGGGAUAUUAUUUGGAGGUUUCUCAACAAGGUGGAGGCUGAUCAGUCGUAAUGCGAUAGUAAAAAGAGGAAUUUGGCUGACGGAGAACAUAGAUAUCUAGAUCAAUGUACUAACUAUGCCAAGAAUAGCUCAAGCGUGCUCAGAACCUAAGUCGUAAACGGUCGGCGAUCGGGAUUACACGAGGUCUGCGCAUUUAAGUGUUAAAACAAAUAUAAGCUCCAGCAUAAUGUACUCCAAGAGUCAAGCGUAGAGCAGAUGGGCCGGCACAAUUCACCUUUGUAUCCAGUUGCCGCACAAUAUUUCACUUUGGGGCCCAUGAUUGCGGUGGCAGUGCAACACUGUCAUCAAAGUCUUCAGCUCACUUGGCUGCAUCAUAGC